CAUGAUAAGACAAUUAAUCGUUUUAUAUAUGAAAUAAAUUUUGCUUCGGUUAUUUUGUAUAAUUCUUUAUAUUCAAUUUAAAUUGUAUGCAAUCGCUUUUUAAAAGUAUUAUCAAAAAUCUAGUAGCAUUAUAGACCUAUAUGUUGCACGUAGAGAUAACUAGGUUUUAAUAAUUUAUACAUAGUAUUAAAUGUUUUACAAAGAUUAAUUAGAAUCCUUUCCUGGUCCUUUUUUAGCGAGAUGCUCUUUAUUGAUAAGGAAAUGAUAUUUAUACUCAAAUUGAAAAUGAUUUUUAGCGCCAUCUAUUAUCAACUGUCAAAAAGUCCUGAAGAAUUGGAAAAAUGAGAAAACUGGAAAAUGAUUUAAUAAAAAUUAACUAGAACAACAUAGCCAAGGCGCAAGUGAUUAAAAAGAAAAAAGAAAACAUUCUUCCUUUUCCCACAUAAUCAUAACUUCAUAUAUUUAAACAAAUAUUAAUAGCGGAACUCGCGCGUCCUCGAUGCAACUCAGUCGUGGCAUUUGCUCAUUAAUCAUUUAUACUGUGACGUGGUUUAUGGUAUGUGAAGGCGUAUGCGUACAAUCUUGCUAUUAUAAAUUACAGUCAAUUACAGUAUUGUGAGAUGACAUUACACCGGAUAUUAUAAUACAUAAUAAAAGAUGAUUACUGUAUACAGUGCAAAGAAGAAAAUAUAAUCGAAUAGUAUUAUAUCUCUUUUCAUAAACCGCAUUUAAUAAAGAGGUGACACUUAAGAUGACAACUCCUAUGCGCGAGGAUGGUGGUCCUUUACGAGAAUGGGCACCUCUGGCCAUGCUUCUUGAACAAAUACCUGCAAAGAUUCAAACUGGGCUUUUUACACAUAACAUUAAUUUUACUUGUAUCGAUGCUGUGCCAGAAUUCAUAGCUAUUGGAACUAAUCAUGGAUUAGUAUAUUGGUUUGACAGAGAUAAACAAGAUCUCCAAAGACUUAGAUGCGAGAAUGUUAAUUCUAAAAUCACAUGCAUCCAAGUAAUAUCAACUGUGGAUUAUAUGGUUGCUGCUGGAAAUGAACAUGGCGUGGUAACUGUAUUUCAGAUACCUAAAAGUCCACCAGAUUCAUUACCAGACAGUUUGAAACCAAAGCAGAAAAAGCAGGUAGAAAGAUACAGUAUAAGUGGUUUGCAUAAUAGUGCAGUAACAACAGUUGAAUGGUCUAAGAAUGGUAUGAAGUUGUUUAGCGGGGAUCAAGAUGGUCUAGUAGUACUUACUGAAAUUGACUUUUAUAUGCAUUUGUCAAAGUCAUCAGAAUUACUAAAUGAAAAGUAUGCAGUAGUUCAAUUGAAUUAUCAGCAGGGCUUGUUAUUAGUUUCGACGACAUUACGUACGAUAUUAGUUAACAGAAAUGAGAAUGGAAAAGUAACACAAGUUGGUCAAAAAGAACGAAAAACAUUAGGAAAAUUAGGUGCUGUGUUUGGUUGUAGACAAAAUUACACUCAAGAUUUAGUAAUAUAUGCUAGUAGACCUGGAUUACGUUUAUGGCAGGCUGACAAAACUGGAACUGUUCUGAAAACACUGAUCUUUAAAGAUGCCGUCCGAUCUGGUCAUACGCAAGUGGAACUGUUAAAUCCUGCACCAGAGAGUUCUAAAAGAAAUCGGGGAGAACCAAUGUUCGGUGUUAUCUUACCUUUCUGUGAAGAUUUAUUGAUUACAUAUAGCGAUGAAGUUAUAUAUGUAGUAAAUCCACAGACCAUUGCUAUAAUGUCUGUUGUAACAGACUUACGUCGUAUCACUGAUGUUGCUUGUACAAAAGAUGAAAUAUUUGUUUUGGAAGGAGAAAGAAACAUUAUACGUAUUGGAUAUUGUCCCGAAACUAAUAUGUUCUCAUCAGAAGUAAGAAAUACAAUAGAUCCGCUUUUAUCGUUGGCCGAAAUUAGUAAACCGGUUACUAACGGUAUAUUAGAAUUAACUUCUAAAUUGAAAGAAAGCACAAUAGUGCCAGCCAUCCCUUUUCAUAAAAUCAACCCAACUAAUAUUAUUCAAUCCGUCGGUAUCGUACCGAUUGUUACGGCUGAUACCGAUGCAACUUCAAUUGCAAAUGCAGAAGAAGCUCUUGAAGAAUCACCAACAAUGCCUCUAAAUUCAAAUACUUCAUUAUUAUCGGAUCCUGGCACGGUAACAGAUAAUAAUGAUCCUGCAGAAAGAAGAAAUGUAGAACAGAAUGAAAGGUAUAACGAUAGAAGGCAAAUAUUUGAAAAGAUUAGUCAGCAAGAAUUUGAAGACGUCGUCUUCACUCCAGAAAAGAAACUUAAAAAAUCACGCAAUAAAAUAAUGAAUGGAAAUGGAAAUUGUUCAUCAUUAUCCGAUGUUGAUGAUUUGUCUGUUUUUAACAAGGAUAAAUUAAAUGCUAAUGAUCCGAAGACGACACACUCUUCUUUAUUAACGCUCAGUAUCGACGAUGAUUUCAUACUGAAAACCGAUAGAAAUCUUGAAUCCAUUCAGCGUGAUGUAGAAGAUAAAGAAAAGCGUUUGGCGGACGUGUUGGAUUUCGAUUUAUCGAAAUAUAUGACAAGUAGCCAAAUUGCUGCUACUAAUUCAAAUGUGUCCGAGUCUGUCGAUACAAUUACGUGUGCCGAAUGUAAAAUACAUUGCAAUGGUUCUUCAGCAGAAGAAAAAAAUGAGCAAAAUGAAUACAAUGAACAUAGUGAUCAUACUGAAACUGAAUCUGGAGACGAAGAUGUUAGUUACCAAACUGAGUUGAAGAAGUUGGAAGAUUUAGGUGAAUGUAGGAAGAAGUUACUACAGGAUAAAUUAAACGAUCCUUCAAUAGAUACGAUUGAUUGUGAUACAGAUAGACGCGAUGUAGAAUUACGGUUUCGUAUUUUAUCAAUAUCAACAACAUUGGAAGACGAAGAUUGGGUUUUAGUGAAGAAAGAUGUGUAUUCAGUUACAUCGUAAGAUAAAAUAAUACAUUAUUUUAGAUAAAAUUACAUCAACUUUUAUCUAUAGUUUGAAAAAUAAUAGGUUUUAAAUAGAUGUGUUUUUAAUUUUUUAUGCACAUCUAACAAACAGUCUUCAUAUACUGAAAUCAAAGCACUAUCGUGUAUCAGUUUUUGCAUACAAAAUUGAAAUUUUAAUAAUGUAUUUUCUAGUCCUGCUGUAGUGCAAUUUGCAUUUUUAUAAUAAUUCUGAAAAUCAUGUUCAAUGUAUUAUUUGAGUAUAUAUGCAUAUUUUUUUAUUUUAUUUAAACUGUAAAAUAUUGCAAUCGUAUUUUUAUUGUAAUGUUUUCGAAUUAAUGAAUUUUUUCCUGAAUGGAAAAUGGCGAUGCAUUUUUUUAUGGUCUAUUGUUGUCAAGUAUUACUUGUGUAUUGUUACACAUUUAAAAUAAUAUAGAAGUACCUUGGAUUUAUGAUAUUAGUGUUACACAUUCCAAUUUAAAUUUUUGUGACAAAUAGAUUUGAAAGUAAAAAUGAUAUUAUACGUAGUUAUCUUAUCAUGAUAUAAAUGUUAAUACAAAUUUUUGCAAAUCAGUAUUUGAUUUAUUAAUAUGGUAAUCCUCUGAAGAUUGUAAAUUUCAUUGUAAAUGCAGACAUAAAUUUCAAACAAAACUGUAAUUUCUGCUGAUGUUAAAAAGAAAUUUACUAUUCUAUAUGGAUAGAUAU